AUGACGUAUGAUGCAAGAAAUUUGAUUGAUCAAGCAGAUUAUGUAGGUCAUGAGCGAGUCAUAAUUGGGGAUGGUACAUGUUUGUAUAUCAAUCUUGUUGGAAAUGCAUUCAUUAAAACUGAUUUGAGUUGCAAAAAACUCUGUUGUGUCAAAUCACAGGAAACUAGAGAAGUUAUUCUCAAGGGAGUUGUUGAUAAACGUCUUUACCAAUUUCUCAAUUUCAACAUUAAAAACACUCAAAGCAGUACUGAAGCAGCACCUGAAUUCCUCACAAAUAGUGAACCAGCUAAUGAUUCCUUGUUGUGGCAUGCUCAUUUAGGCCACCCCUCAAAUAAAGUUCUCUCUACAGGAAAAUCACGUCAAUUACCCUUUCUUGAUUCCAAAAUAGUGUACACUGCCCCAUUACAACUAGUCUAUUUGGAUAUUUGGGGACCAGCUCCCUCCCUUGACUCUAAUGGAAAUAAUGGCAAUGCUAAACGGAAGCACCGCCACGUGGUUGAGAUGGGACUCACACUCUUAGCUGAUGCUGGAAUGCCGAUAAGCUUUUGGGGUAAAGCCUUCCAAACUGCUGUCUACCUGAUUAAUGCCCUACCAACACCCACACUGCAAAAUCAAUCACCAAUGGAGGUGUUGUUUGGCAAGAAGCCUCCUUAUGCUGCCUUGAGAGUCUUUGGUUGUCUGUGCUACCCUCACUUGAGGCCGUAUAACCAUAACAAGCUUCAAUUUCGAUCUGAACCGGCAGUGUUCCUUGGCUAUGGAAAUUGGCACAAGGGAUACAAAUGCCUACUGUCUCCGGGAAGGUUGUGA